AUGAAACGUGGUCCCGGCUGCGGCGGCGGACGUCGCGACAAGUAUGUAGGGCGGGUGACGCGCCGACUAUUGAUAGUGCGCGCCCGCACCGCGCCAUCGGCCGCGGCGCCUCCACAACACCUACCAGUGUUCUGUCUACUUCACAGUUAUAGAAUGCAGUUCAGCGCUCAGUCUGCAAGUGGAGCUAUGCAAAACAUUGUCAUUUAUGGCAUGCCUGCCACGGCCACAUACUAUAAAAGUCGCACGAUUCAAUACACAUAUUUGUCACAUCGAAAAGUUUAUGAAGACCGGAACCCGCUAGGCAGCGCGGCGGCAUGCGGUGUAGAGCGCGGUGCUCCGGCGGCGAGCGAGGCGUGCGGACGAAUGCCGGAGGCUGCAUUCCUCUCCCCCGCUGCCCGCUGGUGA